CCACCAUUAUUACGGAUUCAAUGCCAAAAGACACAAACCAGAAGUCAAAUUUUCGCUCUUUUUUUCAUUACAAAAAGUAUAAUUUUUCGGCCUUUGCUUCUCAUCUCAAACACUCUUCAUUUAAAUUUACAUUUCUUUUUUAAUUUCUUCGAUUUACAUAAAGAAUAAUAGAUCCAAAAAGCUUCACUCCAGUUCGAGUUCUUCACAGGGAAUUUGUCCUUUGGAGUGUACGCCGAGGAGUUUAAACGCUCCGAACACAUGGAUCAUAGUGUUGCUGUCGAGGAGUCUGGGAGUCUGAGAAACAGCCUCGAGGUUACAAAGUCACUUUCUGAUAAACAUCUUGAUCUUUUAAGGCCGUCUGCUCGGUACUAUUCAGUGUUCAAAGGGCAAGCACCGGAUGCAGUGGGGAAAGGCAAGUAUACGCUUAUCAAAGACGAGGAAGACUUCCAAACGGGGAUUUUCGACAAACCUCUUCCAUGUUUUGGUUGUGGGAUUGGAUGGUUUUCCUUCCUUGUAGGAUUUAUGUGUCCAUUAAUGUGGUACUAUGCUACGUUUCUCUAUUUCGGAAAUCAUUACCGUAAAGAUCCGAGAGAGAGAGCUGGCCUUGCCGCUUCUGCUAUCGCUGCAAUGGCAUGUUCUGUUGUAGUGUUGAUCGUAAUAAUUUUUGUUUUGUUUUCGACUUAAUGAUGCGGAACCGAAGUGCGUUCGUACAUGUCGAAAAUGCAUGCAAAUCGAAAAUAUCAAAUGCAUUAGGUGCAAUGGAGGAACUGAAUCAACAUUGUGCCAUUUGCUGAGAGGAUCAUUGUAAAGAAAACAAAUAUUUGAGACAACUGGGUUUGUUUGUUUAUAGAAAAUUUAUACGAGAAAUUUAUCAUUGCCAUUUUAGAGAACCAUGAAAACGUAUGAGGCUAUGUUUAUUUGUAAGUAAUUUGAUGAGUUUCAUUAAUGCAAUAAAACUUGAAUGGUUGAUGAGUUUCA